AUGAAACUUUAUUCGAUUUUAAUCUACCACAAACGGAGUGAUGGUACUGUGCGGGCAUUCAAAUCUGCAUUUGAUCUCUCCUCUUUCAGUUUCUUUCAGAGAGGCUCUGUUCAGGAGUUCAUGCAGUUUACGGGCAAGUUGCUUGUGGAACGAUCAGGCAUGGGCGCACGUAGUACUGUCAAGGAAAAUGAAUACUUCUGUCAUUGCUAUGUACGCAGCGAUGGCUUGGCGGCGGUCUCGGUGACAGAUGGGGAGUAUCAGGCGCGUGUCGCAAUGAGCAUGAUGACAAGGGUUCUUGAUGACUUCACAUCUAAGGUUAACCAUUCCCAGUGGCCGCAAAUCCAGUCUGAGAAGGAUUGUUUUUACACGGGCCUUCCAGAAUUGCUGACUAAAUGGCAAAAUCCACGUGAAGCGGAUCCUAUGACUCGGGUUCAGGAAGAGGUGGAGGAAACGAAAAUAGUCAUGCACAACACCAUACAAUCAGUCCUUGAACGAGGAGAAAAGUUAGAUGAUCUCGUCAAGAAAAGUGAGAAUCUAUCCGACCAGUCAAAGCUGUUCUACACGCAGGCUCGAAAGAUGAAUAAGUGUUGCAACUACUAUUGA